CCCCCCCUUUAUCUGGAUCUGUGCAAUUGUGACAGAGUAAGAGAUUGUAUUACUAAACCAAACUUUACACAGCAGAUUUUACACGAAACGGACCUUAUCAAUGGGAAACUACAAAUCAAGACCCUCUCAGACGUGUACAGAUGAGUGGAAGAAGAAGGUGGGUGAGUCGUACUCUGUGAUCAUCGAGAAGUUGGAAGAUGACCUCCAGCUUAAAGACAGCGAGCUCGUGGAUCUCAAGCUUGCUUUCAGCUGCGAUGAGGCUUUUCAGAAGGUGAACUUGAGCUACCGAACAGAGAAGGGACUGUCGCUGCUGCACCUCUGCUGUGUGUGUGGAGGUAAUAAGGACCAUAUCCGCACCCUGAUGCUCAAAGGCCUUCGUCCCUCCAGACUGUCCAGGAAUGGAUUCACUGCGCUUCACCUGGCUGCUUAUAAAGACGAUGCUGAGCUGGUGACUGCACUUCUCCACGGAGGGUCAGACGUGCAGCAGUUGGGUUAUGGUGCACUCACAGCCCUGCAUGUGGCCACCCUGGCCGGGCACCACGAGGCUGCAGAUAUCCUGCUGCAACAUGGAGCCUAUGUCAGUGUUCAGGAUGCUGUGUUUUUCACACCACUGCAUAUUGCUUCUUAUAACGGAAACGAGCAGUUGACAAAGCUGCUGCUGAAGUUUGGUGCAGAUGUGAAUGCAGGCGGUGAAGUUGGAGAUCGUCCUCUGCACCUGGCUGCAGCCAGAGGUUUCCUCGGCAUCAUCAAACUUCUGAUGGGGGAGGGCAGCAAAGCUAAUGUCAAUGCCACGGACAAUGAGGAACAUGUUCCUCUGCACUUCUGUGCUCGCUUUGGUCACCAUGAGAUCGUCCGAUUCCUCCUGCAGGGCAACUUUGACAUUCAACCUCACUCUGUCAACAUCUGGGACACGCCGCUACACCUGGCCUGCUAUAAUGGAAAAUUUGAGGCAGGAAAGGAGAUUGUGCAGCUUUCUGGCCCAGAAAGUCUGUCAAAGGAGAACAUAUUCAGUGAGACAGCAUUUCACAGUGCUUGUACGUACGGUAAAGACCUGCAGAUGGUCAAGUUCUUGUUGAGCCAGAACGCUAUAAGCAUCAACCAUCAGGGCAGAGACGGACACACAGCUCUGCACAGUGCCUGUUUUCACGGACAUAUCCGCCUGGUGCAGUUCCUGCUGGACAGCGGAGCAGACAUGAACCUGGUAGCUUGCGACCCGAGCAGGUCUAGUGGGGAGAAGGACGAGCAGACCUGUCUGAUGUGGGCUUAUGAAAAAGGUCACGAUGCCAUCGUCACCUUACUGAAACACUACAAACGUCCUGACGACUCCCCCUGCAAUGAGUACUCCCAGCCAGGAGGGGAUGGGUCCUACGUAUCUGUCCCGUCUCCUCUGGGGAAGAUCAAAAGCAUGACUAAAGAAAAAGCAGAAGUCCUUCUGCUCAGAGCCAGCCUCCCAUCUCACUUCCAUCUUCAACUGUCUGAGCUGGAGUUUAAUGAAAUUAUUGGAUCAGGCUCCUUUGGAAGAGUCUACAAAGGCAAAUGCCGGAACAAAGUCGUCGCCAUCAAGCGAUAUAGAGCCAACACCUACUGCUCAAAGUCAGAUGUGGACAUGUUCUGCAGAGAGGUCUCCAUCCUCUGUCGACUCAAUCACCCCUGCAUCAUCCAGUUUAUGGGGGCGUGUUUGGAUGACCCCAGCCAGUUUGCCAUUGUGACGCAGUAUGUUUCUGGAGGCUCGCUGUUCUCUCUGCUGCACGAGCAGAAGAGGUUGAUCGACCUGCAGUCCAAGCUCAUCAUUGCCAUCGAUGUGGCCAAGGGCAUGGAGUACCUGCACAACCUCACCCAGCCCAUAAUCCACAGGGACCUCAACAGCCACAACAUCCUGCUGUAUGAGGAUGGACAUGCAGUGGUGGCUGAUUUUGGAGAAUCUAGAUUCCUUCAAUCUUUGGGCGAGGAUAACAUGACCAAGCAGCCAGGGAACCUGCGCUGGAUGGCUCCUGAAGUGUUUACGCAGUGCACUCGCUACUCAGUGAAGGCUGACAUGUUCAGCUACGCCCUCUGUCUGUGGGAGCUGCUCACUGGAGAAAUUCCCUUCGCUCACUUGAAACCUGCGGCUGCAGCAGCAGACAUGGCUUAUCAUCACGUCAGGCCUCCUAUUGGUUACUCCAUUCCCAAACCCAUCUCUGCACUUCUGAUGAGAGGCUGGUACGCCUGCCCAGAG